AUGGACUCCGUCAAAGGCAAAGUAUACGCCGUAACCGGCCUGGGCGGAAUCGGCCUAGCCGUUGCACGCCAACUACACUCCCAAGGAGCUCUCCUCUCCCUCGCAGACCUAAGCGAAAAAGUCCUCUCCACAGCGCGACAGACAAUCGAAACCGAAUUCGGUUCCUCAACAGCCUCGACAAUCACAACAACCGCAUUGGACAUCAGCAACGUGAGCGCGGUUCAAGACUGGAUCGCCAGCACGGUCUCGCACUUCGGCCGACUGGACGGCGCGGCCAACAUGGCCGGCACGAUCGGCAAGCAACAUGGCACUGGCAAAUUCGUUGACCAGGACGAUGCAGAGUGGGAUAUGUUGAUGCGCGUCAAUGUCACCGGGUUGAUGUACUGUCUGCGCGCGCAGCUGAGGGCGAUUACUGCGACUGCACCCGGGGGAAAGGGCAGUAUUGUUAAUGCGUCGAGUAUUCAGGGGAUUAAGGGGUUUGCGUUGCAUGCUGCUUAUUCGACUACGAAGCAUGCUGUUUCCGGGUUGACGAAGUCGGUUUCGAAGGAGGUUGGACCCGAGAUUAGGGUUAAUGCUGUUGCGCCUGGUUCUAUUCAGACGCCUUUGCUUGAGAUGGCGAAGGAAAUCCAGGGCGGGAUUAGUACUCCGCCGGUUAGUAUCCCGCGCAUCGGGACGAGCGAGGAGGUUGCUCAGACGGUUGUUUUCUUGCUCAGUGACGCUUCGUCGUAUACGACUGGACAGAUUCUAAGUGUGGAUGGUGGAUGGGAAUAA